CCACGUUUAUUAAUCCGCUCUUCUUAUUCUUCUUACUCUUCGAACAAUCGUAUUGGACGCUAUUAUUCGACGUGACUUCGUGAUGAAUAGAGCGCACGUAUAGCUCCAAGUAUCGGACAGAGUUGUCGCUCUUUUCUGUCGCGCUGCCGCUCAGUCGGUGUCGCGCGAUCGUGCAACGCGUAUCGACGAUUCACGCUCGUCUUGUAUCUCUCGGGAUUAUUUCUCGAUUUUAACCCCUUCGUUGUGUUACUGGUGUGCACUGUGGAAUUUUAAAACUUUACGAGGAAAGUGGAUCAUGGAAUAGGAAUAGAUCGAAGGGGGAAAAGAAUCAAAGAAGACUCGAUCACGUUUUGAACGAGAAUUCGGAAGGAGAUUUGGAAGAUCUCUACGAGAGGAGAAGAAAAAUUUGUAAAUUUUUGCUCAGUGCGGAGUGAUGUGGUUCGAGCGUGGAUUUUAGAAAAGUGGACGAAGUAUUACCUCGAUGCCAAUUUUAUUUUUAACCCUUUGAAAGCGGCAGUUGAAUGGGAGAGCCGCGUCACGAAACGGAGAUAUUCUAUUAUAUCUGAAUGGAGGAAGCGCGUCCGCGGUUUGGAGAAGGAAGAUAUCGAAAGAUUCAAAGGAGCACGGUGGAACUUCUUUUUUUUUUAUCUCGUGUUUAAAAAAAACCUUUUGUCCGUUUAUUAAUUAAUAGUCGCCAUUCUUCCCACUCGACAUAAACGUUCGACAAUUUCGAGUCUGAAUUUGAAGCGAGGAAUUAGCAAGGUAAUUGAAUCGUUAAAUUUUUUAUUAUUCGUGCUAAUCUCGUUCCGAGAAAUCUAUUCGUUCGAAUAAGUGUUUGGAGGAUAACGAUUUCGAGCAAUUUAUAUCUUCGAAAGAGUUCAACCGGUCGACCACCGAGGUUGUUCGCCAGGUUACAAUUUUAGAAGCGGACAGAUAGAAAGAAGGAUUGUACGCCGCGGGUAUCGUGGAUCCGAGAUUCGACAUAAGACGAUUCCCGCCCAGAAUACGGCGGUUCGAUUUCGCGUACGAGAGAAUUCUCGUGGCCAGAAAUAAAUUUGACCGUAAGUGAGCGGGUAUCUCGGUGUCGACGAUCGAUUCUGUUCGAGUAUUGACUCGAGGCAACGUGACAAAUACCUUUCUUACAAUAGCGCGACAACUCGAUUUAACAUUUAUGGAUGCGACGUCAAUCAAUUUUAAUUCAGCAUUAACGUUGAUUAAAAUUUCAUAAGUAUUUUUCGCGAAGAGGAAAAAAAACGUCGUCGCGUAUAAUUUUAACAGGUCGAUUAUUAAACUUGUGACGAUGUUUCGACGAUUCAUUCUCAGAGUAUUCGAAUAUUUCUUCUUCUUUUUUUUUUUUUUUCUUUUUUUAUCAGACCACUAGUCGAACAUUUCUAGUAUUUACUCGAAACUUUUAAUCGUUCCCUCGUAGAUCCUGCGUUCGAAUGUUCGCAUCACGUCUAAUAUUACAGGACGAACCGAAAUAAACUUUGCACGAGUGCAUACGGUAGUCCACGUACCUAUUCAUCACACUUGCGCAUAGACGUAUACGUAUAUAGAAAGCACGAUCCACGCGCAAAAGUGGACCGUCAGAAACAUACAUUGCCACCUCAUCGCACGCGACACGCUUGCUUAUUUGCAAAACUGUGACUCGUUUAUCGGGUAUUAUCGCGAGUGGCGAUGAUAGGUCGGCCCGGUUGUUCCUUCGAGUUUCCAUUCGAAUAAUCAAUUUCCGUAAAACUUUUCCUGUAUCGUCGUUCCGUUGGAAAACCGAUUGAAAGUUAUAUAAAAUUAUCCCGUUACUAUUAUUAUCGCGUUACUGAUUGACAACAGCAACGAUAUGACGAAACGCGUAAAAGCUUAUCUCUAAAGAGUUAAUAGAAAAAUUAACGAUACCGGAGGAAAAGAAGAUUGCAAAAGUCGAAACUGUUUUUUUAUUAUUGCUCUCGACGGAUUGUGUAAUGCCAUUAAGAGAAGAAGACUUCUUAGGCGGAAAUAGCGUCGUUUGUCAUCACCGUGCUGCUUGUUUUAAGCUGGCAACCGAUCAAUCGGCCAUUACGUUUUUUUUAAUUUAUUAUUGACGCGGUUUUUUAAUCGGGAACCGAUGUUAAAAGACAUACCUCCGUCUACAACCCGUGUUAUUCCAACCAUUUAAACGGCCUGAAAUACACGAAACUUUUAACGGUACGGAGAAGAGUUUCGACGUGUUGUCGAAACUUGAAAACGCGUCCGAACAUUCAUCCGAUUCGUCGAUUUAUCGAAAAGUUUCCCUGUAAAUUUAAGCAUUACACGUUCUCUUUCCGUCAUCCUCCAUGAUAAUCGCAUAUAUCCUCUUCUUUCCGCUUAUCGAAGUAAAACUCGACGACACGAAGAGCAAGUUUGAGUCAAUCUAAGAAAGUAAGAAUCAGAGAUGGAAAGAUAGGAAAUGAUAGAUAUUAAAUAUUUUAUUUAUGGAAUUUCAUAAUUACUAAACUUUGUUUUCACCGGAUUUCACUUUAUUCUUCUUUUCACACGAUGAUAAUCGUGAUUCGUAAUGUAAAAUUUGACUUCACCAACGAGUUUCCAAUGUUGAUCCGAUCGGCUUAUUCUCGAUUCCUCGUGUUUCCCCUCCGAGAAGGGAAUGUGACGAGCAGGGAGCAAUGAAGAAUUUAAUAUAACGGCCGAGGCUGUGGACGGAUGGAUGACGACGGAGAACGACGAUGUUGUUAAGCCUAAAAACUGUUUCGAGUUCGCGACGAAUUCUUGAGGAAAAUACGGGGGAAGGCGAGAGGGCCCAGUGAGCGACUUUUCGACCGUCUAUUUCGAGAGACGAAAACGCGCAAACCCUCGUGGUGAUCGUUUUACAUAUUAUCACGAUUCCAUCUGCGUACGCGGGUUUUCGCGUUGACCGCGAGAACUGGAGGCUCGUGCAGCCUUGGAAUUAAGUAAACUAUCGUUUCUCGUAACACCGCCAAUUUCUCUCCUUUGCAUAUUUGUGAUACGGACGUUCUUACGCGGAAGAUUUCUUCGACGAAAUUUAUCCAAUUUGUUCAAUGUUCCUGAUAUCGGAAUUUGUUUGUUACAGAAGCGGGUAUUGUUGAUACGAUGAAUCGAGAUAUCGAGAUAUUAAUACUAUCACAAGUGAAAAUAUUGAUAAGUGACGUCGAAAACUUUUAUAUCGUCGAUACUUUUCCAAGCGAUUCUGAUAUAUAUAUGUAUAUAAAUCGAAUAAUUGACGUAGAUUGAUGCCAGGAAUCGAUAGGCCGUAUCAGUGAAAAAUACACGGUUAUCCUUGAAAUCGAUUUUUCCUUCUCUUUCGCACGUCGCAUUAAGAAGUUAUUUAUAACGACGUCCCUUCUUGUCUCGGUCUGUGAAACCGUCUGAACUAAUUUCCUUCUCUGCGAUCACACCUCGAUCUGUAUUCUUUCCAGGGAAAAGUGGGACGAUGCCCACUUUUCCCUCGAUGAUAAGCAAAUUAAAGGUUUGCUCGAGACGCAUCGAUGCGUUUUAGUCGAGUUUGUAGGGAAAGUAAUUAAGACGAAUAACCGUAUUUACGAACAAUUUCACGAUUAUCGUGAUCUGAGAAAUCUGCCUCUGAUUAAAACAUUAGCAAACUGCUUCUCCGUCUCUUCUUAAAUACGCUUAUAAUUUAAUUCCAUCCCAAGAAUAACGACGAACCGAUCCUUCUCUGAUCCGAGUGACGAACGUCCGUCCAUUUUCAUUUUUCAUGAAAAUUACUGUGGAACAAGGAGAAUAUAAAUAAAAAAGGGGGAAAAAAACACGAGAUAAUUGCAUACUCGCGGAAACCCAACGUUCCGUGUAGUUGCAAUGGUUCCGAUCACGGGAUUGACACCGUUUACAGCGUAUCGAUAUUGGCUCGGCCGCUAUUUUUAGUGGGCCGUAUCGUAUUCUAACGAUGCAAACCGCAAACGUGACCGAGUUAUGCGACGUUGAGAGUCCCUUCUACGUAGAAACGAAGCGUGCACACGGCUACGUGACAAGCUCACACGCGGCCCAUUACGAUAUAUACACUUAUCAGUCAACAAUGUCCGAUCGCGGUCGUACAUGCCGUCGAUCGUUCGAUGCUCGUCGAUUAUCCGAUCCUCUUUUGGAACCGUUCCAGGGAACGAUCGAGUUCCAUCCGAGAACUCGCGUCGAACACGUCGAAUCCAAAUUUCGAAUCCAAAUUGGUCGCGCGCGUCGUUGGAAGGCUGUGAUUGGCGGUCCCAUCUUUUCGCGCGAACCGUUCGAACGAGCGAUUCGAAAGAACGAUUGAUACGAGGCGCGCGUGGGUGUCCCAGUUCGAGGUGGCGGAUAAUAUAACGUUCGCUACGUUUGUGAUCUUGUUUCUAAGCAGUACGGAGUAAUAAUGUCGUUUACGAUAUUGUUUUCCAGUUGUCUCCAGAUGGAUUGGAAAAAGUAGGUGGUGCCGUUAUCACAGGCUCGAGCGAUUCAGAUAUCGGUAGGAAAUAGGCAAGGUUGUUGUGCACAGGUCGCUGAUUCACGUUUCGCGAAAUGGUGGGCGGAAAUCAGGUCGAGGGAAAUAUACUUUAUUUUUAUUGAUGCAACGUUCAUGGAUCCGCGUACAUGUUUCAAAACAUUAGACAAUCCGCCCAUGAGAAUAUUCGUUUUUGAAGGUUACAUCAUAUUCCUGUAAAGAAUUUAUAUACUUUUCGCCAUUGCGUCACCUCACCUAGAUAUAUUUAGAGUGGUAUCUACUGCGAUCUCUAGGAUCUUAGCUAGCCGAAGGUUAGGAAAAUAUAUGACGGUGAUUACGAGACACAUUCUUUGUUCUUCAACUUCGAUCGUGAAACGAAAUCGCGGCUCGUUCCGACUAUUUCGUUGCUUAUCACACGUGCGCUCGGUGAAGGAACCGAGACCCGUGCGCGCACUCGUGAUUUAUAGAAACAAAUAUUUGUGCCCGACAUACGAUACAGAUACUUGCAAACUUGGUGACUAAAAAAAAAAAAGAAAUUUAUUCGAGUGAAAGUAGCGAGGAUCGUUAAGCGAUCAUUGACAUUUAUAGGAUGGGUUUCGACAAUCUUUUACAGGCAAACUCUAUUUUCUUUAUUGACCAACUCUAAUAACACAACCGAUAGUUUAAGACUUAACACAGAACUCGACGAAGAUAAGUUGUCGUCGAUUAGAGAAACACAAAUAAAUUUUGAAAGGAAUAGUGCGUCCAAUCUAAUAUAAGAAGAUACAACUGGUAUUCGAUCAAUAACAGAACUUUGAAUUAAGAACAUUCCGAUUUUUUUUAAACUUUGAAGAUUUAGAGGGAUCUACAAUUUUUUACUAUUAUUAUUAUUAUUAUUAUUAUUAUUAUUAUUUGAUUUUUCAGGAUGAAAAGAUUCUUUAAACGUUAAUUUGGGCUUUCUUCUUUUCCAAUCGAAUAUCUUUAUUAAAAAGAAUGAAAAGUGAAAGAUGAAAGUUUUUUAUAUGCUGUUAAAAUACUUGUGCAAAGUUUAAAUAAAAAAACGUUCUCGUAUUACCACUCUUGUAUCAAGAAAAUUUUACUUCUUUACGAAAUCAUUAAAGAAUAUACGAAACUUCUACUACAAAACUAAAACACUACGGAAAUAGAUAAAACGACAAUGGAAUAUUUUAAUAAUAUUAACAGAUACGUAUGUAGAUCGCACUUGGUGCUCUUCGAACCGAUCCGUUAUCAGUUAUUUACCAUUCUUUAUUUAUUUCAAUAAUAAUAACUCGAAGAAUCAAUAUUAAAACAUUUGAAAAAGAAAUCGGAAUGUUGAGCGUCCUCGAAGAAAUAUAUCGUACGAUCGUUAUUAUUUAAAAGGAAAGAAUUUAACUUAAUUUAUAUUGCAUCGAAAGUCUCUCAUUAUUGAAAGUGGGGAACGCGUGACAGUGAUUUGGCGGAAAAGACGGACGUGACAGGGACAAGACCUCCAUCAACGGAAAUAGAAAGCACGAAUUCUCGUCGCGACGAUUUACGUAAAAGCAGGAGGAGGACGUUGGGAUAUCUCUCGCCGACGUUUUCUCCGUAUUCCAGCGAGGUCUUUGACAACGUGGCACAGGGGCAGAAUGCGGGAUAACGUUUUAAGAAUGAUGGUCGGUUAGUUGCCAAACGUACGAUGUCCACUCGGAGACAAAGAAAGAUCCACACCGGGAAUACAAAUUUCCUUCCCCCCCUCCCCCUGCUGGGUACGGUGGAAAAGGGCGGGAGGGGAGGGAGAACGUGAGAUCGCGGUGUCCGAUGCUCGUGGUGUACAUCGAGGAACGCAAAGAUGUAGCUCGAUCGACCGUCGCCGUCGCGUGAUCAUCAAGAAUCGAAUACCACCGCGGUAACAGUGGACAUACUUAUCUAUAAUUAAACUAUAUAAUGCUGACAGUGUACCCCGAACGUGAACACUUACUCUCGCGUUGAAUACCAGUUGAGCAGUUCGAAUCUCUACAAAGAGCAAACAACGAUCUCCUCGUAUUCGAUGCCUGCUAAAAUAAUACUCGGCUUUUGAACGUUGGAAGAAAGGAUCGGUCGUCGAAAAAAGAAAAAACGAAAAAGAAGAGGAAUAAUCCAGAAGGAAUUGGAGGAUGGGGGGACACGCAGAGGGAGCGAGGAUCGCGUGGUCAGUGGCACGGCUUCCGUCGUGGCCGUGGAGAACGAGAUUCUUAGGCCAGCUGGCCUGAGAUAUGCCAGCAGCAACAGAGCUCGUAAUCACGGAACCAUCGAGAGCGAUAUCAUCCUCGUCAUCGUCAUCCUCGUCCUCAUCGUCAUCGAGGCUGAGAACGGAAACGGCGGUAUCGAGGUGUUCUGGGGGUGUCGCUGGCCGACAGCUGGCGGUAGAGAUCGAGACGAUCGAGCGCCGGGUCUGCGCGACCCGACGCGACCUCUUCGUGCCCGUGACCGUCGACCCUCGGCCCAGUCGGGCCGUCCACUGUCCAGAUCUAAACGCCUGUUUGGUGAACGAGUCCCGAUCCGGCCGCGACCAGGUCGAUUGCCAGGCGAUUCACUUCGGUUACGCGAUCCCCGUGAACGUGGUCCCCCUGGGAACCGAUCCACGGCUCGCCGAGCUCGUCUUGGACCACUCGACCGAGUUGAGCAGACGUGCCGCGAGCUUCUUGCUUGAGCACCAUCCUCAGCUGCGUCAGCAGCGGCAGACGCAGCAGGAACGUUGUCCAAGCAUGGCGGCAACCGCGAAGCACGAUCUGCGACAGAAAUUCCCGACGGACACCUCGACGUCCGGUGACGAGGACAUCGCGGCGAUCGCGAAACAGAUCAGCGACCACGCGGAGGCCAUCUAUCAGACUUGGAAGAGUCGUGGGUUAGCCCCUACCGAGAUAUUGAACUGUCAUAGCAAUGCUACGGCAGCGGACAAGUUCGGAAGCGCUCUCACGCCGAGUUCCGCGUCGAACAGCGCCAACAAUACUGGGAAAAGCUCGCCCACCACCGGUGCACCCGCCACGGCGGCGGUUGAUAUACUGACCCAGACGCCGAAUCUCGAUAACGGUAAUUUGGAGAAGCUGGUGAACAAUUUCGUGGUGGAGGACAAAGCCAGGUUAGCCGCGUCGAGGCAGAGGUCGCCGUCAAAGACUCUACCCUCGUCGAUACAGUUCGCGCUAGAGAAGUUCGAGAAGAACUCGAUGCAGCAACAGCAGCAACAAUCGCAGACCUCUCCCUUGAAGAGCAGUAACGUCGGUGGCAGCAGCCAGGGGAAGCCGAAGCAAGGAACCAUCCUGUUGUCCCCGACUUCCCCGUUCACGAACAAACCUUCGCAGAUAGUGAAGCCUCAGGUUUCCCCGAAAACGCCCGGCGCGCAUCAUCGGGAAGUGUUUUUGGAAACUAUAGAGACCACUUUCCCCGCGGAUAUCACGCCGUCGAAGAUCGUGGUGCAGCAAAAGAGGCCAGCGAGCACGGUGAUCACCUCUCCCACCGCUUCCUCCAACCUCGACGAUUCUUCGACGAAUUCAGGUUUGACCACUUGGCCCCUGAAGAACAAGUUGAACGACAAUAAAAGAAUAACGGAUCCUUGUAGAUCGCCGCAACAGGAGAGCAAAUCGUUGACGAGCAAGGAGGAAAAGAGGAACAGCGGUUCUAAUUCGAGCGCGUACCUGGACGAGGUUGCGCGCGAGGAGGAAAGACUGAUAAACGCUCUGAAGACGGGCUCGGUGAUCACGGAGGAGCCCGUGGAGAGGACGGUGCCCCUCACUCGUCAGAAACCCGCUAUCAAGAGGGAGAAACCGAAGGUGGAGCCCGUUAAACCGAUAAUCAUCGGUCACAAUCAUCAUGGAGGGGGCCUGGUUCCCGCUUCCGCUGCUAUGGUGAACAACGUGACGUCCACCGGGACACCGGGAACCAACACUAGUGCAACGCAGUCAGACGCAGUGAAAUCUCUGAGCAAGGAUGAUCUGUCCAACAUGUCAGUGGUGGAUUACGCGAAAGUCAGGUACAGAGCGGCUCAGCAAAAUCCUCCGACUCAACAGAGGUUGGAGGAGCAGAGGACGAACAACAACAGUUUCAAUUCCACGGAGCAGUUGGUGUCGACCACGAGGUCUAAAUUCGAAACGGAGAUACAAAAGGACAAGGAAGCGAGUAAAGAGGAGAAGGAUCCUGUCACGUCUAGAUGGGGCCCUAGAAUCAAUUCACCUAGACCAAGAAUCGAGCAAGUACCUCAUCCGGAAUUGACCACCCAACAGAAGCAGCACAUUAGAGCUGCCGCCGCAACUGGUACCGGGAACAAUCCUAUCAGACCGUUUUUAACCAGGGGAUCGGUCGCUGAACGCGUUCUGAUCUUCGAGAAGUGCCCGAGUGAGCUGUUGCUCGACAAACGGGGGCCGCGACAACCGGCCAUCAACACUUGGAGAACGGGACACGAGGUUCAAAACAAGGCUCAGACGUACGCGAAAGACAAGACACAGCAAAAGAGCUUGCCACCGCACACGACACUCCAGAGGCACGUGAAAGCGAACAGAAACGUUCACAUACCACGAUUUUACUUUCCCGGAGGAAAACCUUUGCCGUUAUCGCAAGUGGAAGCAACUAUCGCGAGGAUCACCGCCGCUUUUCAAGCCCUUCCCGGCCAUCGUGCGUCUCGAGCCCAAUUUCACACUAUUACGAAGGCAUGCGACUUGCCGCUCUAUUGGAAAGUGCCGCUUUUCCUCGCGGCUGGCGGAGAUCAGACCGGCUACGUUGAGAUGAACGCGUUCCUUGAUUUUUGGAAGGAAGAAAUAUCGAACACCCACCACGACGCGGCGAGCAAGUUUAUUCGAAUCACAACCCGGGGCCAGAGGAACAAUAUACUGCCGGAGGAUUUGAUACCCCUGGUGCAAGACGUGGUCGAGACCCAUCCCGGUUUAACUUUUCUCAAAGAGGCUACUGAGUUCCAUUCACGCUACGUACACACGGUGAUCGCUAGGAUAUUUUACUGCGUGAAUCGAAGCUGGAGCGGAAGGAUUUCCGUGGCGGAGUUGCGAAGAAGCAAUCUGCUCUCGGUGAUCGCGAUCCUCGAGCACGAGGAAGAUAUCAAUCAAGUAACGGCUUACUUCAGCUAUGAGCAUUUCUAUGUGAUCUACUGCAAGUUCUGGGAGCUCGAUCGUGAUCACGAUCUUUUCAUCGACAAGACGGAUCUCACAAAACAUAACGAUCACGCUCUUUCCAAACGUAUGAUCGCGAGAAUAUUCAGUGGUGCAGUGACCAGGGGCGGCGUGAAAAGCGGAAACGGGGUUCAACAGUCCCAGGAUAAAAUGAGUUACACGGAAUUUGUGUGGUUCUUGUUAAGCGAAGAGGACAAAAACCAUCCGACCGCUAUUGAAUAUUGGUUCAGGUGCAUGGAUCUCGAUGGUGAUGGAUAUUUGUCGAUGUACGAAUUGGAAUAUUUUUACGAAGAGCAGUUGCAUCGUAUGGAGGCGAUUGGAUUGGAGACGUUACCUUUCGAGGAUUGCCUCUGUCAGAUGUUAGAUAUGAUCAAGCCGGAAAAAUCGGGAAAAAUAUCUCUAAGCGACUUGAAAAAGUGUAAAAUGACCUCGAUCUUCUUCGACACGUUCUUCAACCUCGAAAAGUACCUGGAUCACGAGCAGAGAGAUCCUUUUGCAUCUGCCAGAGAACAUGACCCCGAUGGUCACGAGCUGUCAGAUUGGGACCGAUUCGCAGCAGAGGAGUACGAAUUGUUGGUCACCGAAGAGAGUGGUAACGAACAAAAUGAACAAAUGCCAAACGAUUCCAUAUCGGAGAAUGCGUUUUCUCCAAAUUUGGAGAUUCUGGAUGGUGAAUCCGUGGACAUAGUUCAAGGCACAGAUAUCCAAUUUAAAGGAUAUUCUGAUGAUAUAUCUACAAUUAAUCCAUUGGACUCUAUUCAUCAGCAGUCGAAGAACCAAUAUUAUGACAGUGGUGAUAGCGACGAUUAUGCUGAGAGUGAUAAUUGAAUAAAUAAGGGAAAGUUGAACGUUAUUCGGAAAGAGAAAGCAAAGAAAGAGGGAAAUUAUCUCUAGACGGAAUUUAGUAGUUUAAAUGCGUAGUUGUUUUCUAUGUAGUAAGAGUGUCGUGUAAUCUUUUUGUGAACAGUCGUAUAUUAUGAUAAAAUGUUUCUCGGUGAAUUAUUCAAUACGAAUCCAUUCGGUGAUCUAGUCUGUGUAGAAUGACUUCUUUAAAGUACAAAAACAUUCAUGAAUAAUUGAUAUUCUAUCUUAUAUUUAAGUAUUACUUUAAAAAGAUAUCGAUGAAAUAGAACUUUGGAUGUUUUUUAAAUAUUAAACAAUUUUUAAUUGUUUGAGCUUAAAAAAACAUAACGAAACGAAAAUAUCACAGGAUCCUGUUUGAAGCAGAGAAGCUUUGAUAUCACCGAAUCGAUCCGUAACUAUGAAUAGUAGUCGAGAAGAAGAUUCAGGCCACGGCACGACGAUGUGUGAUAAGCAAGCGUCAUUGUUCAAUCUCUUUAUGAUAUACAUAUUGUGUACUUCACGUUGUAAAUAGACAGUAAAUCACGAAUCCUUAUUUUUACUUAAUGCGAGAAAAUCACUUGAAAAAAAUGCGAGUCUUUCAAUUGCUGCAGCCAUUUUUAAAAAUCGAUUAAAAAUAGUUCUAGAAAUUUAACAAAAAUUCAAUCAAUUAAUUAUUUUGACAAAUUAUUUUCUUUUAAUUCAAAAGAAAUAAUUUUUUAGUCUAAAAAAAAAAAAGAAAAGAAAAAGAAAAAAUUAAAUUGUUUGUAAGAACACGUUUCUCUAAAAGAAAACUUCUAGGCUGCAACAAAUGGAAAUUGCGUGUCAAAAGAUUCAUAAUCGUUGGAUUUGCGAGUAAGGGGUAUUAUUACCCUAUGUAAUCAUCUUGUAAGUCAUAGUGUUACUGUACGCAAAAUAUUGCACGCAAGAAACGUUCUAAGGAUCGAGUGAGAUUGUAUCAGUAAAGUAUUCUUCCAAUUCGAUCCGUUAUAAUAUUCAUAAAGUGGGAUGUAUCCUGUUUUUCGAACGUUGCAGACUAUGAUCUAUGAUUGCUGUUUCUUUUCCACGUGUUUGCAGGUAAUUUCUUAUGAAAUGAUGAAAACAAGCCAAAGAUGAGACGUGUUCCAUUACCUUCAACACGAAGGUACAAAGGAAAAUGAAGAAACAAAGAAACUAUGAACGCAGAUGCUGCUAUAAAUGAUGAAACGUCGUCCUUUCCAACUAAGUGACAUUUGUUUCGAGAUUCAAAGGGAUUUUGUGAAAUUUCCCUUUAAGUGUUGGACGAGUGGACAUAAUUUUUUAUAAGUUAAAGCUUUAUAGUGUUCUCCUCAAAACGAUGCAUUCUGAAUAUCAUUGUUUUUCUUCUUCCUCUUUUUUUUUUUUUUUAAAUUACUUCGAUCGAGAUUUUAUGUAAUUUUUAACUUGUUAUUAAGAAAUUAUUGUGGUUUAAAGUAUGUAAGUCUCCGAUGAUAAAUGCAAGGAGAUCCUAUUUUUAGAUUCCUUUUCGUUGGGAAAACACGAUGAAGAACGUAUGCGUUUCUAGACGAUUGUUGAAGAGCGUGUGGUGAGAUUUUGUUGAAAGUGUCUACUGCCACAGCAAAGGACUCUUAAAACGCGGUUCGACAUAAUCUAAGUUACAACAUUGAAGAUCAGAAGUUGUACCCUCUUAUUUUUAAACAUCUCUUAUAUACGUUUUAAUUGUUACUGUUAUAUUAAUUGCUCAUCAGAUUUUAUUUCUGCGUGAAUUCUACGACUUGUUAUUUCAUUAAAUAAUAAUUAUACGACUGGUAUAUUGUUAUUUUUAAUUGAUAAAAAUGAAAGUACUCCGAGAAAUAUAGGGUACAAUUGAUUUACAAGAAUCCGCUUGAGCCGCCAAGACUGCUGGAAUGUAUAUAUUAAUUUCGUCUUCGAGAUUUAUUUUAACGACGUAUAUAUAUAAUAAUAUACUCUAGUCGAAAUGUGUGCUAUAAUUCACAUAAUGAAGACCACGUGUGAGAUGGCGAGUUAAUUUUAGAUCUAUUUCGUGUUAUUUGUUAAUUAAACAGUGUUAAAUUGCAAACAAUGUAAAUUGCAUUGGUGAAAAAUUCUUUGUCGUAAAGGAUAUUUAAUCCUGGACCAUAUUACAAAUAAUCACUUUCAAUAUUAAGCUUGGAGAAAUUCUAGAGAAUUUACCAAAAUAAAUUCAUAAAUAAUUCAAUGAUAAUAAAUACAUAUCGAAAAUCGCAUGGAUUGAUUGAAUGUUCUAUACUUAAAUAUUUGCAUUAAAAGAGAUAAUGCUCAGAUCGAUAUUUUUAAAAUAUAGUUAAAUUAUUCUUAUUGCCGUUACAUAUCUGUUCACUUGAUUAUGUAAAUUAGCUGUUUUAAGAACCGCUUUUUAAACUGUCUAAUCAAAAAUUCGUGUUUAUCACGUUUCAAUAUUAAAAAUACAUGUUCCUUUACGUCGAUGAAUUUUCACAAUUAGCAAAAAGAAAUGAAUAAAAUGAUAAUGAAAUAGUUAUUCGAUAGGAAAAUCUCUUCCAAAAUGGAAUUCGUGAAUUUCGUCGCAAUAUUUUUAAGGAUAAAUAACCUUUUAUUUGGUAAUUUAUUUAUUAAGUUAAUAUCAUUCGAUAUUUUAUCAUUAAAAAAGACAGGUUAUUUUUAAUAAAAAAGAAGAUUUAAAACUUUCAAUUGUAUUUUUAAGAAUGCAAAUUCAGAAAAUGAUUAUAAAUAAAACUCUCCAAAUAAAAGGUUGAUGUUUAAAGUUAUUUAAUUUAAUUAAUUUUUACUAGAGCUUUCCAAAUAAAAGAUUGAUGUUUAAAGUUAUUUAAUUUCUCCAUUGCGUUAUCGCAUCAAGAGAAUGGUUUUUUUGCGAGUGAUCGCUUUUGUUGACUGUCCAAAGAUGUAACUAUUAACACUUACAGUAUAUAUCUUUUAUAUAGCUUAUAAUUUUUUUAAUAUAUAUAUAUAUAUAUAUAUAUAUACAUAUAUGUAUAUGUAUGUAUAUGAGCAUAUCACUUGGUAAAAUUUCGUUGUGACAAUGUAAUGCGCAUCGAAUUUCUAUUGAAUGAAAAUUAGACGAGAGAGACGUCUGAUUAUGUUAUUAUUCGUCAUUGCAUUUGGCCAUGUUUUCGAUUGUUAUAUUUAUGAUAGGUUUAUCACUGUUCUAGAAAUCUGUUACGUGAUUUCUUAAAUCGAGCGCCGUUUCUCCAUGAUUUCGUAUUUUUUUCGAAGAAAGAAAAAGGAACGAUUAUUAUAUAUCCUUUUUUUUCAUGAAAAAAUCGAAUUUAUGGUUUAAUUUCGCAGACGCGAGCUUAGACAGUCUCGAUAAUUAGAUUCACGUUACUAUUUACCCUACAUUUUUAUUUAUAUAUUUUAUCUGUGCAUGAGUAGACAAUUAAGGUAAUUUUGCAAGUUAAUAAAAAUGAAUGGUAAAAACUA